AAUCAAUGUAUGUAUUUUUGUCUUCAAACUAUAGACAGACUAUGCUUCUCGUGAAGAAUCUUUUUCAGUUAUUAUUAUUAUUAUUUGUUUAAAACAAGAAAAAGAAUUCUUAUUUAAUAAUGUGGAUGCUUAAAAAUAUUUCUACAGGUAAUUGCUUUUACUUCAUUGCUGACAAAAUCGAAUACACUGUAGGCCGUUUGGAUGCAGAUUUGGAGCUUGUCAAUGACAGUUCUGUGAGUAGAGCUCAUGCUGUUUUUCAGCUAAUCAUUAAAAGCAAAAAUGACGUUCAACUGCAACUGAAGGAUGUGGGCUCUAAGUAUGGCACAUUUCACAACAAAGAUAUUGAAAAAAAUAAACGCUUAAACAAGGAUGAGUGUUUACCAUUAAAGGCGAACGAUCGUAUACGAUUUGGACGUUUUGAAAAUGUCUGGGAAGUUAAAAAUGAUGUACUGAAUGUGGUCACAUCAUCCUUAAGCAAGAGAGAACAGACAGAUGUAGAGGAAAUACUUGGAUAUAUAGGAGGCCAAGUAUUUACGGAAUGGUCAAAUACUUGCACACAUUUAAUAAUGAAUGGAUCUUCUAUCACCAUCAAAUUGUUGUACGCCUUGUUAAAUCAAAAGCCUAUAAUCACAUCUAAUUAUUUGAAAGAUCUAUUAAAAGCUAUUAGAGCUAAAAAAGUCUCCUUGCCGAAUAUGGAGCAUUAUCGUCCAUGUUUCGAUGAAACGUUUGAUCUGACUCGUCAGCCAAAGCGUCAAACACUACUUCGAGAUUACACGUUUAUUUUUUUACAUCGUAAACAUGCCGAUAUGUAUGGACCUCUUGUACAAUCGGCAGGGGCUACGUACAAAAGCCUUAAUGCUGGUGUACAAAAAGCGUUUCUUCUUAAAAGUAAUGUUAUAGUAAUUGAGUACACACCCUCAACAGAGACUCAAAGUUCGCAAACCAUAUUUUCCAUAGCAGAUUUUCUUAAAUCUCAUGGUAGACGUAUAAUACCGGAGUUUGAGAUCGGUUAUGCUAUAUUAUAUUGCUCCACCGAAAGGUACUGUAAUCCUUGUUAUGUAAGUAUCAGCGACAAGACCCCUUUAACAUUAACGGAGAACGUCCCGCAAACAGUGACUAUUGAUUUAACGGAAGAUAAGGGUAGUGAGUUAGUAAUUCCGGAAACGAAUGAGAGCCUAAUGAACACAAACUCAUAUAAACCGCAAGGCUCGUUAGAGCAGGAAUUAUUGCUCAAUAUGUGCGUUACGGAGACACCUACAGAAAAUAAUAAAGUAAAGCGGAAACAUGAAGAUAUCGACAAAAAUCAGGAUGAUGACAGUGAUGAUGAGAAUUUACUCCAAUUUGCAAAGAAAAUGCGUAAUAUGGUACAAAAGGAAUUGGAAGCGAAUAAAGGAGAACAGAAUCAACAAGAAAAUAAGGAAAAGUCGCAAAACGUUUCAAAAAAUUUUUUAGGAAAGGAUAAAAAAACAUCAUUACAAAUUAAGGAAAAUAUAAACAAAACCAAUGAGGAGGCAACUAAAAGGAUUCGCAAACGUCCGCUCAUAUUGGCAUUAAGAGAAGACGUUGAUGAUGUGGAUGACGACGAUUUGUUCAACUUUGGAGAUAAGCCCACGCAAUCCAAACAAACUGCUAAAAAGCUUUGUCCGGACAAUAAUGACUCAGAUGAUGGGCUGUUUAAUUUCAAGGACAAAAAAAAUUACAAUGAAUCCGAAUUUGUUUGUGAAGAUAGCAAUGACUUAGUACCCACACAAGAAUUUGUAACAGUGACUAAAAAGGCUACGUCAAAAAUCAUACUACCGAAACCGAAAAUUCUACCAUGUAAAAUCAAUGUUUCAAGCUGGCUUUGUUGCUCCUCUAGCUAUGUAAAAGUUGAACAAAACAAUGACCAUAUAAAUUCCAAAACUGAAAAUGAGGAAGACCAAAAAUUGGCGGAGGCGUUUAAAGAUGCUUUUCAAAUACAUCAAAUUUCUCUAAACAAUUUUGCUAACAAUCAGCAUCGUACACAUUAUAAAUAUAAAAGUGCGACUAAGUUUCCAUGUGUGAGCCCUCAAAAUGGGGUUAUCAAUUUUAAAAAAUUCGUUAAGAAGUAUCAAAUUCCACAAGAAUCACCUAUGCAAAUACGCUAUAGUUCAAAAAUGAUCUGAAAUCAUGAGCUUGGAAAAAAAAAAACGUCAUUACAAAU